CAUGGAGCCUCCACAGCUCUGUACUACUGUCAGGAGCUAGCAAACACAGGAUGUAUUUGCAGAACUGCAGAGAACACAAUUUCUUUGAGGAGAGACUACUGUGGCACAUAGUGCAAACCAACUCAGGAUUGUUGGCAUUCACAGAGCAGCUAUAGAUGAUGGAACACCAUUUCUGGGCCCAAGAAGCAAGAACUGACUGGUGGGAUAGCAUCGUAAUGCAGGUUUGGGAUGAUGCUCAGUUUCUGCAGAACUUUCAGAUGCACAAGGCCACAUUCUUGGAUCCGUGUGCUGAGCUCGCCUCACCAUCCAAUGCAGGGACAACAAACUGAGAGCUGCAUUGACAGUGCAGAAGUAAAAAUGUCUUCUACAUGUGACUUUGUUGUGCUCCACACUGGGCAGAAGAUGCCUCUUAUAGGACUGGGCACCUGGAAAAGUGAACCUGGCCAGGUGAAGGAGGCAGUGAAGUAUGCUCUUGGUGCAGGUUAUCGUCACGUUGACUGUGCUACAGUUUACAGCAAUGAAGCAGAGAUAGGUGAAGCCUUCCAGGAGAGCAUUGGGCCAGAUAAGCCUGUUAAGAGGGAAGAACUAUUUGUGACAUCAAAACUAUGGAAUACCAAGCACCACCCAGAAGAUGUUGAGCCAGCCUUAAAGAAAUCUCUGAAAGAUCUGAAACUGGAUUAUUUGGAUCUGUACCUCAUGCACUGGCCACAUGCCUUCGAACGAGGAGAUACUCUUUUCCCAAAGAACCCUGAUGGCAUGAUGCGUUUUGACUACAUUGACUACAAGGAAACUUGGAAGGCUAUGGAGAAACUGGUGGAGAGAGGUCUAGUGAAGGCCAUUGGACUGUCCAACUUUAACAGCCGUCAGAUUGAUGACAUCCUCAGCAUGGCUGCUAUCAAACCAGCUGUACUACAGAUAGAAUGUCAUCCCUACCUUGCUCAGAAUGAGCUAUUAACUCAUUGUAAUAAGCGAGGGCUGAUAGUAACAGCAUACAGUCCCCUUGGCUCUCCUGAUCGAAUGUGGAAGCACCCUGAUGAACCAGUACUUCUAGAAGAAUCUGGGAUCAAAAAACUGGCAGAAAAAUAUGGCAAAUCACCUGCUCAAAUCCUCCUCAGGUGGCAAGUCCAGCGUAAGGUGGUUGCCAUUCCCAAGAGUGUCACUCCUGUCCGCAUUCUGCAAAAUCUCCAGGUGUUUGACUUUAAUCUCACAGGAGAAGAGAUGGAUCACAUUGGAAGCCUUAAUAAAAACUGGCGAUACAUUGUGCCAAUGGUUACAGUGGAUGAAAAACUAGUAGCAAGAGAUGCUGGACACCCCCUUUAUCCUUUCAAUGACCCCUAUUAACUACAGUAGAUUGGGCAUUAGAAUAGGAGUCAAUGCACUCGUUCCCAAAAUAGUUGUUGCCAUUGUUUAUCAAAAAUCUUUCCUAAUAAAAUCUGGUGUUCUAAA